AUUAAGCGUUUCACGUGUUUGUAACGAUGUUGAUUGUCCUAGGCUCAUAUACCUUUACGUGAUAAUUGUACUAUUCCUUCACGAUUGCUUCUCCCUCGUGAUACUUCGGCUCUUUUUAUUCCCUUGUACGCUGCAGUCCUCCGCGAACAACCGCAGCUCUACACCGAUUAGAAUAUGACAUGUGUCGCAGUUGUUAAAGUCCUAUGAAAAGUUCCAAGUUUAUCCAACCAUUACCUGCUCCGAAUUCCGGCCUGUUUCGUUACACUACGUAGUAUGCAGCGAAGUAUCAUUGCCAUCGCAGGCGGGGUAUUCUUUACAGCCUGAUGCCUAAGCCCCUAGAAAGUCCAGCACGGCUCGUGCAUCUUAAUCCUUCAUUUUAAAACAUUGCCGUCCGGUAGCCUCGAAUUUGAACAGGAGAAAAUAUGACGAUCGUAGGAAAAGCAGACGUUCCGGAUAGGAAAGCUUUUCGCGAAGGCUUGAACAGCCGUGAUGAGUUGGGCGAGAAGGCCAAGUUCAUCACCGCUCACCUCGGAUGGGAAAGUAUCCCGGCGUACUCGGCGACGGAAUCGCACGACGGGGGACGGUGUGAGGCAUCAGCGCCGUUGCCCGACGAAUGCAUCAUCGUCCUCCUGUACGGGCAGAUGCAGCUCGACGACGACGAACGAGUGCUCACGGGGACCAACGUCGCGGUGCGCACGCAAGGGUCCAAGACGCUGAAGAUCCUGACGAACAGCGCCGCGGUGUGGUACCCGGGGAUGUGCUGCUGGGAGGGGGACGAGUGCUUCCUCGCGACGAAGGGCCAGUGCAAGCGCUUCGGAAUCGGUAACGUUAGGGAAGUGAAGAAGAAGCCGAAGAAUUCGGCUUGGAGUUGGGUGAAGAAGCUUAGUUUAGGAAGACAGGAUAAGGAUUCUUAAUGGCAUCAUUGCUACCUACCUACCUAGGUAGGUACCUAGGCAGGGAGCGGUAUGUCGGAUUGGACGUCUUGGAACUACGGUCUAUCUCAUUAUAUGUCUGGCAGUUGGCAAGUGUUUAUAACAAGGCAUGCCCAUGAAGGUGGCGUAAUUAGGUACUCUUACCAAUGCAUGAUGGAUUCCCUCUAAGGGUUCUCCGGUUACAUUCUUGCUAAGGCUGGAGCAGUGAAGCCCUGAGAUAUUAGUCUUUAUUGCUGGGUUUGAUUCGGGAAGGGCUAUGGACCCGAAUACUUUCAAUGCUUUCGAUGCUGUAUUUGUUAUGGCUCUUGGUAGCUUACCUUUUGUGUUUACCUCUCUACUCUGUAGCUCAUGUGAACUGUCCGACGAUAUGAAAGUCAAUUCAAGGGUGACAGAUUGAUUCACUGACAUGGCCAUAGUAUGACAGUGGCAGUAACUUCUGAUUUAGUCCAACAGUUAUUCUCUAGAAGGUUACAAUAAUGAGG